UAGAUUGUGUCUCUGAUGAAAACGAUUUUGUUUAUGAUAACUCACAACCGAAUAGGCUUAUGGUUGAAUAUUUUGGUAGAAAUAAUGAGAACCAACUGCCAGUUAAAAGACACGAGCUUAUUGAGUGUUUCAACAAGACAGUUUGGGAUGAUAAAGGGGAGGACGCAGUCAAGAUGGCAAUAUUGUAUUUCAUAAAUACGUGGGUACAUUGUGGUGAGCCAAACUCAACAAACAUACCAAGGAUCCAUUUUGAUGUUGUAGAGGACGGGAGAUAUAAUGAGUAUCCUUGGGGUAAAGAGUCGUUUAGAGAGUUGGUUGUAAGCAUCGGGCAGAAAUAUGCUGGUUUUAAGAGAUAUUAUAGGAUUCAUGGGUUGCCACUUGCUAUGCAAGUCUGGUUGUAUGAAUGUUGCUCAAAAGUCCCGUCCACCAUUGCAGUUAAGACGGGGAAUUUAGUUCCUAGAAUUUUGAACUGGCGGACUACGGAAGAAAAACCAGAAUUCAAGAGAUUGAUGGAUGGCAUGUUCAGAGACGACAAAAACCCGUCUUGUAGAUUUGAGGAAGUUGUGCCAACACCCGAUGAGUUGGAGACUCUUAAUUUGCCUCCUGUUGCACAUGAUAUACCAGACGUCAAACAUGGAGUUGAUGGUGUACAUGGUACUGAUUUGGUAGACGAUGAUUACGAUGAUUUUAGUACCACACCACCGCAUCUGUCCAGUGGCAAACAGCAACAAAGGAGUGCCAAUUCUGAUUCCCCGCGAUGCAAGAAAUGGACACAGUUUCCCGUUUCUGUUUCUCCUUCUAGGAAACAACCAUCACGGAAGGAAUCUCGGAUAAAAGGGACAAGGAAACCAGAUGCACCUACAGGACCCGGAACAAAUGAGUUUAAACUGAUAAGGGAAGAGAUUCAGAUUUUCAAGAAAGAAGUGUUUGACUACAUGGAUAACAACUUCAAAAAGUUGUUAGAUGCAAUAAAGGGCAAUCAAACACCAGAUAAGCUCGCUGAUAGUAAAGCCCCGUCACAUCAACAUGAUGUUGGCAUACAACACUCACAUGAGAAAAGCCAACGUCAUCGUUCUGAUAAAGGGACACCAACUGUCAACGACGUAGUCGAAGACAACAUGGUAAAAAUGGAAAUUAUUAACUUAUUAAGUUAUUUUGAUAUAUGUAUUAGAAGACUUUAUAUUAUUUUUUUGAAAAAUUUUAAAGGUCGGAGACACAAUGUUGCAAGCUGACUUACAUACUGAUGGUGGGA